CGACGCAAGCAUCUCAGCAGUCAUGCCCGCCGACAGACUCCUCGGGACCCUCCUGCGCUCCCUGCAGACCUACGCCGACCAGCAGGAUACGCCCAGGCUUCUCGGAACCGCUGCCUCGCUGCUCACCACCCUCACCAACCCCCUAAAUAUCCAGCUCCUGACCGCCCAGCUUCUCCUCGCCCCCGCCAUUUGGGACCGUCCCGACGGCCUGCACACCUGCCUGCGCUUCGUCGGCCUCUUCCACUCCGCUGCCCGCGCCGUCCUCAAGCACGACCGUGAAGUCCGCCAUGGCACCGCCCCGCCCCUCAUGCCGGGGCAGCCCCCCGUCGGCGGCGGCCUGUCGACUGACGACUGGGUGCGCGCUGUGGUGCGCGGCGCUGACGAGCGCUCUCAGCGGUGGAGGCAUCUGAUGGUGCUAAGUGGGCUGCUGCUCGCCUCGGCGGCGGGCAUAGAGGAGGAAGCCGUGUUGUCGAACUCGCUGCGCUCGACUUUGGAGGGGGCGUUGGUGCAGGCAACAAACUUGGCGCUGGUCGAGGCGAGAGACGGAGAUGAAUUGGGCGCGCAUUGUAUUGCGAUGGUGUUGAACCACGUCUUCCCCACCUUGAGAGAGGCGGAGAGAGCGCAGUUCGAUUAUGAUCGCUUGUUGCCCGUCUUGCUUGGGACGGCGUUCUUCUCCACGGAGGGAUUCCAGUCGGCGUACUUUUUAGGCGCCGUGGAUCCAGAUGUGAGAGAGGUAAAGCCGAGGAGGUUUAAUUGGUCGGCAGAAUCUCAUUCUUACCAGCAAUUGCAGAGCAUCAUGCGCCGACCGCUGGUCACAAAUAUGGGACCGCUCUCCAGGCUGAUAGCCCAUGCCGUGGAGAACGUCAGGGAUCCGUGGCUGAUCCAGACAAUGAUGGAUGACCUCGCCGGCUUUGCGCGCGCGCUCUGCCUCCAAUGGCGGCAAAACAAGCUGUCCGGGAUAGAUUCUUCAGAAGAAACUCUGUUCCUCGAAGAAGAGACGGUUAGAAUCACCCUCCCUCUCCUUUGGCGGAUGCUCAAAGCAGCAUUAUUCGCGACCAUGAUCAUUCUCCGCAGCGCACUCGGCCGCAUGCUGAAUGACGGCGCCCUGGCAGCAGACAGCGUCGCGCCGGUGCUCGCGGCACACGCGCUGCACACGCUCCGCCACCUCUACUUCAUCACAUCGCGCCUCGGUGCCGACUCCUUCUCACAAUACACCUUCAGCUACCUCACAGCCAUGGACAUCCUAACGCAAUAUCCCAUGCAAUCCGACGCCUUUAUCAAAGCCAUCAAGCCCCCUACAAGCGGCCACAUUCCGCCCCAUCCACUCGACCGCACCCUUGACCUCUACUUCCUGAACACAGCUGAGCAUUUUACGCUCGCAAUCUCUCCCUCCACAGCGGAAGAUGUCAUCAUCGCGGCUGCGAACCCCUACCUUGGCGCCGGCGGCUCUGCGCGUCUCGUUCCCCUCUUCGAGGCCGCUCAUAGUGUCAUGCUUGCCGUGCUGGUCGCUCCCGCUGCCGCGCCCCUCGCGGCCCGCCUCCUCCCCUUUUACGCCACGGCGUUGUUCGCGGCCUUUCCGCAGGCUCUUUCCCCCCGCCAAUUCCGCCUCGCGUUUCGCACGCUUUUGCGCGUUGCCGCGCCGCCCGCGCCCCUCGCGCAGCAACUCCCGGACUUGCCGGCCGUGCUACUGGAGAUGCUGCGGUCGCGCGCGCUCAACGCGCCGGCUACUCCCCUCCCUUCUCCUGUCACUACCGCUUCUACUCCUUCCCCCCCUCCGCCAAUGGUUGAUGCCGCUGACCCCGCCUUCACGCCAACGGAACAGUCAACCCUGACCCUCACACUCUUGGAUGCCCUCCCCCAGCUCCCAGCACCCCUCCUGGACGAGUGGCUACCCCUCGCUGCGGACGCGACGAACCGCGUUGAUGAGGCGGGUGGGGCGCGCGCAGCUGUGAGGAGAAGGUUCUGGGAGGUGCUGGUAGGUGGGGAGAUGGAUCCGGAGAGGGGGCAGGUGGCUGUGGCGUGGUGGUGCUCGAGGGGAGGGAGGGAGCUGGUUUUGUUUGGUGAGGGUAGCGAAGAGGUG